AUGCUUUGCUCUACUAUGCUACUAAACCAACCAAUCAACCACAUACAUAUUACCAGCCCAACCCAAGUCCAAUCCCAAGUCCAAGUCCAAGUCCAAGUCUAA